CUCUCUCUCUCUCUCUCUCUCCAUUGUGUGAACACAAGAAGGUUUCUUUUCUUGUACUCUUGUUCUCAUUUUUUCUUUGGUUAUGAGUUCUUGAAGAAGUUUAAUUUGCAAUGGUGGUCAAAAUUUAGUUGCCUGACGUUAGCAAAGGGCCCUUUUUUUCUCUCUUGAUGACCACUUGCAGCUUUCAGGAUAUACAUGAAUUAAAGAUGGUUUGUUAGAGCAGGUGAUAGAUAGUAGUAAUUAACAACCAAGGAGAUACAUGAGAGAUGAUGUUUGAUUCAACUACUUAUGUUUUUUUAAUUAAUUUGACACCAAUAAAAACUUCAAGCCCCCAAAUCCUUUGAUUCUGAUUGGCUCGUUUUGUAGGGUUUUCUCCGCGGCGCAUCGACUGAAUCUCGACUUGUCGCUUGAUGCAUUCAAUGGAUAGUUUGCGUUGGGAUAGCCCACCCUUAUGGAGCCGUCACCAAGAUAAUGGAGAGAGCUUCAUGAUGCCAAACUCAAAUUGCUAUGUCCAAGGUGGGAAUAACAAAAUAUGCUUUCCAGAGGAAAUCUUCCCUUCAAUACAUGAUCAUCUCCAAGAAGUUCAACCCUCAUCUCUUGCUAAUUCCAACUCCGAAAAAGAAAGCAGCAAAAUGGUUCCAGUUCCACAGAAGAUGACUCCAGCAAUAUUGGAUUCAACAACCGGCGCUCCCAUGGUUUUCUCAGAAUGUCAAGACCUGUGGAGUUUCGGUUCCAUUAGCGCUGUUUCAUCCUCGGAUUCUGUGAGUAAAGAGUUGGAUAAUAAGCCUAAACCUAUCAAGAGAAGAUAUGACCAAACCCGGCAAGAAUUUGGUGCAAAUAGUUCUUUAGAUACUUCGACUUCAGAAGGGGGUUUCCAGCUCAUUUCUACAGAGAAUCCACCGAAAAGAACGAAAAAAGCGCAUCCAAGUUCAUCGAACAUCAGUUUUCAUCACCCAAGUACAUCUGCAUCAUCCGUUCAGCAACCGGAUUCAGAGGCCAUUGCAACGAUGAAGGAGAUGAUUUACAGGGCGGCGGCGUUCAGGCCGGUGAAUUUGGGCCUGGAGGAGGUGGCAGAAAAGCCCAAGAGGAAGAAUGUGAAAAUAUCAAGUGAUCCACAAACCAUGGCUGCAAGGCAGAGGAGGGAGAGAGUAAGUGAGAGAAUUAGGGUCCUGCAAAGGUUGGUUCCAGGUGGGAGUAAGAUGGACACUGCAUCAAUGCUUGAUGAGGCUGCAAAUUAUCUCAAGUUCCUUAGGUCACAGGUUGAGGCACUGGAAACCUUAGGUGGCCACCACAAGCUUGACUUGGUGAAUUUUUCCACUCCGAAUCUUCCUUUGAUUCCCAUGCAAACCCUUUUCCCACUCCAGACUACUCCUCGUGCAAUCCGGCAUCCAAAUAUUUGAAAAUUUUCUUCGACCCAAAGCUAUGUUUUUUGGAGGUGUUUGUAAAAGGAAAUUAAAGAAAAUUUGAGCGGUUACCAUUCAUAAA